AAUUAAUUAUAAUUUAUAUUACACUAUUGUGGGUCUGAAAGGAAAAACAAAUAUUGCACAAAAAACUAAAUUUAUUUUACACAUAUAUUUUAAAAUUAUUUUACGUACCUAAUUGUAUUAUUUUUACAUAAUUUUACAUAGGUACAUAUUUCAACCUGUUGCAAUAUAUUGUAUUAAUUAUUUAUGAAGAAAAAUAAUAAAAAUCCCGUUAGUAGCAAUGGUGAUACAUUACAUUUAACUCACACAUAAAGUUAAUGACCAAUCGGUAAACGGUUUACUUUGAAUACUAAUGAUUACUAGUGCUAAUACUAAAUAGUGUUAUACAAUAAAGUACCCCACUCUAAAAGUAAACUCAUUUAAGUUCUAUACAUUAAAUGUUGUGCGUUCAUUUGUUUUAUAACUUAAGCCUAGUUAGUAAGAAUAGUUUAUUUGCAUCGUAUACAUACGCGAUAUAUUUUACGGAAAUAUUUAAUUGGUUUAAUAUUUAUUUCAAAAUGAGUGCUGAAAAAUAUUUGAAUAAGUUUGAAGCCAACUGUUUGUUACCUGACGUGAUAAAAAUUCCUCCCCCGGAAAUAUCCAAUUUUUAUUGGAAAAAUGACUAUGGAAACAAAUAUAAGGCUUUCAUUCCCACACCAAAUCGCAUUGUUUAUUAUAAUCUAGAAGAAUACGAUGAAUUCAAUGGUGAAUUCAUGUCAAUGGAGGAAAUUAACGAUUUCGGAUGGAAAUUCGCCAAAAAAUGUGUGCUAUUAGCUGUAUCGGAUACCUACACUGUAGAUCAACCGUUUAUUCAACAAAUGGAAUUUUUAAUUGCCAAUUUAACUGCAUGGGGUAAUAAUAUAGCAAAAAACCGCAGGGAAAAUGUUGAACUAUGCGAUCAGCAAUAUGAACAUAAGAAUAGGCAUUUUUAUGUCCUUACCAAGUACUUUGUGAACGAUAUAAGAAACGUUAGAAUGGAAGAUAGAGGAUUGAAGGCAACAUUCAAAGGUACACUGACAAUAACUUCCGAACAUGAUGGUAACGCAAGAAUAAUUGAUGCUAUGAACACUGCAUUUGAAUUAGCGGCAAAACGUUUUGCCGAUGACAGCAAUCUUAAAGUUUAUUCUUAUCAAAGCCGUUGACAAUAUAUGUAUAUCCAACGGUCGUCAAUAAGAAAAGACUUGCACUAAAAUAAAUACAUAAUACAUAUUAUAUAGCAUCUUUACUUCACGACCACAGUCUGCACUUUAAUUAGUAUGGCCAUUGGCCACCGUAUAAUCUAUUAUAAUUAAAAUAUUGUAUUCAACUAUUAUCGUUUUUAUACAUAUACCUACGCGUAUUGUUUAGUGGUAGAUUUUUUAUAUUAUAAUAUUAUAUAAGAAAUUAUUUUACUUGUAUUUCUAACGCUACAUUUAUUUUUAAUAAUCCUUAACUUGAAAGAUGCAUACAAAAUAUUAAAAAAUUAGAUGUCGCUUUAGAGCAAUAUGUAUAACUUACAAAUACAAAAACACUAAAAUAGUAUGCUCUGCCUUAAAGCAAACAAUAAUAAUUCUGUAUUAAUUCAUAUAUUCUUUUAUUUAUUAUUCUUAUGGUGUAAUCUGCACAAUAACGAGCAAUCAUAUUAUUUUAAUGACUUAAAUAGUCGAAUUUUAAACUCGAUCUAUGUGAUUAUUAAUUAUUUAAGCUUCUUUAAUGUGAGUGAAAUUAUUAUUGUAUCUAGCUACAACCCAUAUUAUCUAACUAUAAACCCAGAGAGGUCUUAUUAUUAUUUUUAUUAUAUUAUAUUUUCAUAUUUAUGCUAUAUUUUAUUGUUAUAUUUACGAAUAUUUUGAACAUUAAACACAUUUAAUUAUUUAGCAAAA